AUGGCGGAAGUAGCAGUUCAACAGCCAGUUCCAGCUAUUGCGCCCGCAGACGAGAGUGAGGCAUCAGCAGAUGAGAUAAAGACCGUCUUCCAUGAUGUUAACAACUUCAAUGUCAAGCACCCCCUCAUGAACACAUGGUCACUCUGGUUCACCAAGCCACCUUCUGGAAAAGGUGAUAACUGGAAUGAUCUACUAAAGGAGGUCGUCUCAUUCGACACAGUCGAGGAGUUUUGGGGCGUCUAUAACAAUAUCACAGCAUGUAGCGAUCUAGCAAUCAAAUCUGACUACCACCUCUUCAAGAAGGGCGUCCGACCAGAGUGGGAAGACCAGCAAAACAAGCACGGUGGUAAAUGGGCGUAUCAAUUCAAGGACAAGAAGCUGAUCAAUAUCAAUGAGCUUUGGCUACAUACUCAACUCGCUGCCAUUGGCGAGACGCUUGAAGAUGAGGGUGAUAACGAGGUCAUGGGUGUGGUCAUCAACGUCAGAAAAGGUUUCUACAGAGUCGGUCUUUGGACUCGAACAACUGGUAAGGCAGGUAGCAAGGACACUCUGCUCAAGAUCGGGAAAAACUUCAAGGAAGUGCUUCAGCUACCAGCCGAAGAGCAAUUAGAAUUUAGUGGUCAUACAGACGCUGCUCAUGCCGGAAGUACAAGAGCUAAGGCCAAACACGUCGUCUAA